AUGGACAAAUACGUUACUAGAGGGAAAGAUCCCUCAAAAGUAUCAGAAUGUCAGUCGCAAGGGAUUGCUGCCCAAACGAGUACUGCAUCUUCAAGUCGAGCUGUGGAAGCGUCAGUAGAAAACAGUGAACAAUUUUCACAAGAUAAGACAUAUGUACAUCACCAACAAAAUUUGGAUCCUCAACUUACUCAAAAAGCAAAGAGUAACCCUUUUAGCGAUAAAUUGUUUGAGAGUUGGAAAAAAGAUUAUAGUUGGAUAAAAUAUGAUGAGUCAAAGAAAGCUAUGUUUUGUACUAUAUGUUGCGAAGCAGUAAAAAAUAAAUUGCCUCUCCCAAACUCUCAAAGUUGUAACGUGUCGAAAAAAGCUUUUGUAGAGGACGGAUUUCACACAUGGAAAAAUGCUACUAGUAUUUUUAAUAAGCAUCAGAUUUCUGAAUUGCACAAAACAGCUGUGAUACUAACAUUAAAUGCUAGAAAACCGAGCAUAACAGAGCAUUUAUCGACUGCAAAAAGAAAAGAAAUGAUGGAAAAUCGCACUGCUCUCAACAAAAUAUUUUCAACUAUAAUGCUUUUAGCCAAGCAAGGUCUAGCUUUCCGGGGGCAUGAAGACAAAUACUCUAAUCUACAUCAACUAUUAUUACUACGAUGUGAAGAUGUUCCCGAAUUGAAGACAUGGAUGGCUCGAAGUGGUCAUAAAUGGUUACACCACGAGGUUGUUAAUGAAAUAAUUGCUUUGAUGGCAAAUGAAAUUAGAAAAUUAAUUUUAAAUAAAAUAAUGCUUGCUAAAUAUUAUUCGAUUAUGAUCGACGAAACUUCCGAUAUCACGAGAGUAGAGCAGGUCUCUAUAUGUAUACGAAUAGUAAAUGACGAUUUCUCUGUUAAUGAAUAUUUCAUGGGGUUUUUUGAGACUAAAGACACAAAAUCAGAAACUUUAUACGAACUUGUAACUGACUUUUUGGCUACCAACAAUUUAAAUAUAAAGCAUUUAAGAGGGCAAUGUUACGAUGGUGCGAGCAACAUGAGCGGAAGGAUUACGGGUCUACAAACUCGCAUUCGGGAAACCGAACCAAGAGCGUUAUUUGUUCAUUGUUCCGCACACAGUUUGAGCUUAUGCGUGCAGGAUUCGUUAGAAGAUUUAACAGUUGUGCGUAAUGUGAUCGGAACCAUAAAAGAUCUUAUUAAUUUUAUACGUGACUCACCUAAACGACUAAACGAGUUUAAAGAGCUUAAAGAAGACGAUAGUCCACUUUUAUCUGCGUACUGCCCAACGAGGUGGGCUCAGAUUGAGAUUUUAAAUGCUGAAUUGCAAAGAAAAGAUCUUUGCGUAAAUGAAUCUCAUGCAAGUGUUUGUCUUGUAAAAGAUAAUAUCCAGCAGAUGAGAGAUGAAGAAAAAUUCAACAAGAUUUGGAGUAAAAUAACGAGUAGUGCUGAGGACCUGGGUGUAGAAGAGCCUUGCUUAAAGCGCCCACGAAAGAUUCCGAAACGCAUUGACUCUGGCAGUCAAAGCCAUGUUUUUUCAAACGUUCAAGAUCAUUAUGUAAAACUAUACUAUGAGGUUAUUGAUCAGACCAUGAUGUCAUUAAAUACAAGAUUUGAAAAUGAUACUAUGAAAUUGCUAAAUAAGUUUGAGAAUUUUGUUACGGGAUUUGCGCAUGUAAAUGUAGAGGAAAUAACUAAUUUCUAUAAUAGAGAUUUGGAGGAGCAAGAGCUAGAUGGGCAUAGGCUUGUAAACGAGCGAGAUUUAUUUUUAAAUGCUAUCAAAAAUGAUAAAACUUUUAUGAAAAAGUUAACAGAUUUAAGAAAAGCUAAGGUUUUAAAAAAACAAAAUAAAAUCUCUAAAAAAGCUAAAGGUGCGCCUUCGGAAUGCGAAACCACUAUUGAGGAAACGGAAACAAUUGACUGUAUGCAAUUAAAACAUAUAGUAAUGUAUCUUCAGGAGAAACCAGAAGUUCGUGCUAUUUUUCCACAGUACUCAAAGCUUAUAAAGUUAUUAUUAACCAUACCUGGCUCCUCCUGUAGCAACGAGCGCUCUUUUUCAUCUUUGCGUCGAUUGAAAACCUACCUACGAUCUACGAUGUUGCAACAGAGGUUGAAUGAUACAAGUAUUAUGCAUAUAUAUCGUGAUAUGGUUAGCGAAUUAGAUCUCGAUGAACUAUUAAAUACGUUCAUUAAAAGGCAAAAUUUGAGAAUGUCGACGUUUGCCAUGAAAUACAAGUCAUAA